ACCUGCCGGCGAGGCGGGUUCCGCGCCUAAGCGCUCCCCGACCCCCCAUGGCUCGGCUCCCCGGGCGCGGACCCCGGCACUCGGGCCGCGUGGCGCGCGGGCAGGCGGACUCCAGGGGCGCUGUUCCCGCAGCCUAAGCGCGGGCCUCGCUGCGCGCGGGGGGCGUGGGCGCCGCUCCCUGCUGGCCCGGGUUGUGCACCUGGCCGGCUCUGCGCCCGCGGCGCGCGUCCCGACGGCCGGCGGCGCUGGAUGCAGUCAGGCCUCGGAGGGCGGCGCGGCGGCCGCGGCCCCUGGGGACAUGUACCUGCUGGAUGGCAGCGGCGAGCCCGCGUCGCCGCCCGCGGACGCGAUGCCGCGCGGGACGCCCCCCCGGAAGACUGUCUACCGCAUCUCGGUGACCAUGGUCAGGAAGGAGCAGCUGGCCGCUCCAGCUGCGCUCCCCGCUCGGCGGCCCCGGCCCGCGCGCUCCCCGGACGCGCCCGGGCGGCUGGAAGAAGAGGCCGAGGAGGCGGCCGCUGAGGAUCCUGAGGCCGGGCCGCGCGCCUGGGACUUCCGCGCCUUCCGCACGCGCAGCACCGGGCAACUGGAGCUCGGGCGUCUGCGGCCUUGCACGCGCGGCGGGGAGCCCGCGGACCUGAUGGGCAGCCCCUCGGCCGAGGGGCCCAGCAGCCCCGAUGGGGAGGAGGCUCGGGCCGCGCCCCUGCGGCGGAGUCUGAGCUUCAGGCACUGGAGCGAGCCCGAGCCGCCGCGGAGCCCUGCGCUGAGCGGCGGGAGGCGCCACAGUAGCUCUGGGAGCCUAGCAUGGGUGCCCGACGAAGAGGUCGAGGCGGAGAUCGGCUCGGAGCUGGUGACCGGAGCGCAGCCUGUGGCGGAGAAGCGCAACACCUUGGAUGUAGGCGAGGUGCUCAGCAAGAACGAUGCGCUUUCGGACUUGGAGCGCUGGGAGCGCAGCAAGAGCAAGAACCGCACUCUGGACAACAGCGACCUGCAGCGGCUAGAGCGCGCGCGCGCCGCGGCCGCCGGCCCCGGGGCAGCCUCGGAGCACCGGCUGCUGCGCUUCUUCAGCGGCAUCUUCGCGCGCAGGGACGGUGGGCCCUCACCCCGCAGCGGCGCCCUGCGCUCCCGCGGUUACUUCAGUCUGCGGCGGGCUCCAGCCGACACACACUCGUCUAGCGCAGAGAGCAUCGAGGGGUCUCCGCGCAGAGAUGCUUUCGUGAACAGCCAGGAAUGGACACUCAGCCGAUCUGUACCGGAGCUCAAAGUGGGGAUUGUGGGUAACUUGGCCAGUGGCAAGUCUGCGCUGGUGCACCGGUACCUGACGGGCACAUACGUGCAGGAGGAAUCUCCAGAAGGUGGCAGGUUCAAGAAGGAGAUUGUGGUUGAUGGGCAGAGUUACCUGCUGCUGAUUAGGGAUGAAGGGGGCCCCCCGGAGGCACAGUUUGCCAUGUGGGUGGAUGCUGUCAUCUUUGUCUUCAGCCUGGAGGACGAGAUCAGUUUCCAGACUGUCUACCAUUACUACAGCCGGAUGGCCAACUACAGGAACACCAGCGAGGUCCCUCUGGUGCUGGUGGGGACCCAGGAUGCCAUAAGUUCCACCAACCCCAGGGUCAUUGACGAUGCCAGGGCACGGAAGCUCUCCAAUGACCUGAAGCGGUGCACGUACUAUGAGACAUGCGCCACCUAUGGGCUCAACGUGGAGCGCGUCUUCCAGGACGUUGCCCAGAAGAUUGUUGCCACGAGGAAGAAGCAGCAGCUGUCCAUAGGCCCCUGCAAGUCCUUACCCAACUCACCAAGCCACUCCUCUGUGUGUUCUGCCCAGGUGUCAGCCGUGCACAUCAGCCAGACAAGUAAUGGAGGUGGAAGCUUAAGUGACUACUCUUCCUCAGUCCCUUCGACCCCAAGCACCAGCCAGAAGGAGCUUCGGAUCGAUGUCCCUCCCACUGCCAACACGCCGACGCCUGUUCGGAAGCAGUCCAAGCGCAGAUCCAACCUGUUCACGUCUAGGAAAGGGAGCGACCCAGACAAAGAGAAGAAAGGCCUGGAGAGCCGUGCGGACAGCAUCGGGAGCGGGCGAGCCAUCCCAAUUAAGCAGGGCAUGCUGCUGAAGAGAAGUGGCAAGGCACUAAACAAAGAGUGGAAAAAGAAGUACGUCACCCUGUGCGACAACGGCGUGCUGACCUACCACCCCAGUCUACAUGAUUACAUGCAGAAUGUCCACGGCAAAGAGAUUGACCUCCUGAGAACCACUGUCAAAGUGCCGGGGAAGAGGCCACCCCGGGCCACGUCGGCCUGUGCACCCAUCUCCAGCCCCAAAACCAAUGGCCUGUCCAAGGACAUGAGCAGUUUACACAUCUCACCAAAUUCAGGGAAUGUCACUAGUGCGUCUGGGUCUCAGAUGGCAAGCGGCAUCAGCCUGGUCUCCUUCAACAGCCGACCCGAUGGCAUGCACCAGCGCUCCUACUCUGUCUCCAGUGCCGACCAGUGGAGUGAUGCUACAGUCAUUGCAAACUCAGCCAUCAGCAGUGACACGGGGCUGGGUGACUCGGUGUGUUCCAGCCCAAGUAUCUCCAGCAGCACCAGCCCCAAGCUUGACCCGCCCCCCUCCCCUCACGCCAACAGAAAGAAGCACCGGAGGAAGAAAAGUACCAGCAACUUCAAGGCCGAUGGGCUCUCGGGCACUGCUGAAGCCAAACGCAAAGCAUGGAAACUAAACCGUGUUGGUAGCCUGCGAAACAUAUACAGCAGCAGCAGCACCAACACCGAAGAGCAAGAAGAAAACUUUGAGUUUAUCAUUGUGUCCCUCACUGGCCAGACAUGGCACUUUGAAGCCACCACAUACGAGGAGCGAGAUGCAUGGGUCCAAGCCAUCGAGAGCCAGAUCCUAGCCAGCCUCCAGUCCUGUGAGAGCAGCAAGAAUAAGUCCCGACUAACCAGCCAGAGCGAGGCCAUGGCACUGCAGUCCAUCCGUAACAUGAGAGGGAACGCCCACUGUGUGGACUGUGACGCCCAAAACCCUAACUGGGCCAGUUUGAACUUGGGAGCCCUCAUGUGCAUCGAGUGCUCAGGGAUUCACCGGAAUCUUGGCACCCAUCUCUCUCGGGUCCGGUCUCUAGAUCUUGAUGACUGGCCCAUGGAGCUGAUCAAGGUGAUGUCAUCCAUCGGGAAUGAGUUGGCCAACAGCGUAUGGGAAGAAAGUAGCCAGGGACGGACAAAACCCUCAUUGGACUCCACAAGGGAAGAAAAAGAACGAUGGAUCCGGGCCAAGUAUGAACAGAAACUCUUCCUGGUCCCGCUGCCGUGUACAGAGUUCUCCCUGGGACAGCAACUGCUGCGUGCCACCGCCGAGGAAGACCUGCGGACUGUCAUCCUGCUCCUGGCCCAUGGGUCCCGGGAUGAGGUGAAUGAGACCUGUGGGGAAGGAGAUGGCCGCACAGCUCUGCACCUGGCCUGCCGCAAGGGCAACGUGGUCCUGGCUCAGCUGCUAAUCUGGUACGGGGUGGACGUCAUGGCUCGAGACGCCCACGGGAACACGGCACUGGCCUAUGCCCGGCAGGCCUCCAGCCAGGAGUGCAUUGAUGUGCUGCUUCAGUAUGGCUGCCCCGAUGAGCGCUUUGUGCUCAUGGCUACCCCUAACCUGUCCAGAAAGAACAACAGCAGGAACAGUAGUGGGAGAGCACCCAGCGUCAUCUGAGGUCAGCCAGCACUGCACCUGGGACCCUGCACCCGCCUGCUCCGGAAGUCACAGCACGUGAGUCCCUCAGUUCCCUCCCUCUUCCUGGUGGUCACUUCCACCCACCUGCCACUCACACACUCCACACGACCCUCCAAACCUGGACACCGUCAAGGGGAGAAGAGGAGGCUGGAGGCCACAGAACCGAACUCUCUUCCCACACUCCGGAAGCAACGCUGGAGGGACCAACAACCUCCCGGCUUUGAGGAUAGCACACGACCGACCGGGGACCCCUGAUCCAAUGACCUGGAGCACAGGGGGAGGGGUAGCAAGGAGAAGGGGCAUCUUCCCCUAACUGGCAGUUAAGCACAUCAGUACAUUUCACCUCGACCAAAAGGAGGCUUGGAUUUCACGUCUUCUCUGGGGAGCUUGACGGCAUAAAUCAGAAGCAAGCACAGUUUGUCAGGUCUGAAGCCCCUAUGAUGGUAGGUGUCAAAUCAUUUGUAGCUAAUCUGUCCAGGGAGAAUACUGGCUUCAUUACACUUGUAUAGUCGAGUUCCUCCAGCAUUACCGCUGUUUAAUAGAACGUGAUUAGUCAUCACCGGGAAGAAGGCAUAUUAGCCGAGGAGGUAGUUACACGGCACGCUCCGGUGAUUGCCACGAUGUGAUUGCAGUGGGUUUAGAAGCAUCAUAUUAUCCCAGACAUGUCUCUCCAGCCCUUGGAGCCCUCCUUUCUAAAUUCACUGUCAUAAUUUAGUAUCUGUUUAAUUUUUCAGUCCAAAGAGAGGAAACCAGUUGCCGGGUAUUAUUUGACUGCAAUCUCCUUCCUUGGUGCAAAAACAAAAUGGAAAAAAAUAAAUAAAUAAAUAAGAAUAACUUGGAAAUUCAAAAAGAAAUCAUGAAUCCAGCUGAAAAAAAAAAUAGCUUCUCAAGUAUGCUCCAAAACUAAGUAAAUACAUAAAAUGCUAUUUUUUUCCCCUGUGGCCACAAUGGAUGUGUCAGGCCUCAGUUACUCCCGAUCCACAAGGUCUAAGUUACCCAGGUUUCUGUCAUAGAGAAGAUGUGUGAAAAUCUAUUUGAAUAAAAGAAGUUCAUAAAUAUGCAUUGAUUUUUGUGCAGACAAAUGGCACCUCUGUUAAUUUAUAAAUUGAGCUGGAUGGGAACUAAUAAUGUGCAACUAGUUGAGAUCAGAGGGUUACAGAUCAUUGUACAUGGGAAGUGCUCCCAGCAGUAAACACUUCCAUUAAUGUGAUAAACAGCUUUUUAAAAGGUGCAUAUCAGAAUAAGAUGGUGGUACAAUUUGCUUAUUAAAAUCAGGAAGGGAUGGGGGAAGGGAAGGAGAGAGCAGAUGAGUGUGGCCCGGAGCAUUGGAGUCCUCAUCCCAAAGGCCAGAUGUAGAGCCCAGGCCACUCCUGCCAUCCAAAAGCGAGGGGCCAUGGCAGAAAGGGCUGAUUUUCGGAACGCCAGACCCACAAAGGCACCCUGUGAGCAGCUGGCUCCUGGGAGCCCAUAGACUCUACAAGGUCCAUCCCGUCUGUUUCUAACUUGAUGACUGAUUUGCCAUCGUGGGCCACAGGGUGUAUCAGAUGCCGGCCACCUUCAGCACAGUGGUCAAGAACACCAAACUGUGACACUAUUUAGUUACAAAAAGGGGGGGCAGCCUUGCCAGAGUGCCCUCGUGUCAGUGUGGCAGAGGAAAGGCCAUCACACUGGAAGACAGGACACUGGGCAAAGCCACCACCGGCCACCCUGUGGAGACACUCCUUGCUCUCAUAUACUGAACUAUAUAUUUUGUAAGAGUUUUUUUUCCGCUUCUUUCACUUUUUUAAAAAAAAAGACUAUCAAGUAGAUGGGAAUGAAAGUCAAGCUUUAGACAGCGUUUAUAUGUGGGUGAGCAUCUCGCAGAGAUCUCCAGUCUUUACAAGCUGGGGCCGACCAGUAUCCAAAAAUGUCACAGGUGCGAAAGCCAGUCUGAGGCUGCUGCGCUCAGUGCCACAAGCCCCACGCCGGGCUGUCCACCCUGCUGUCCAUCACUGUGUCGUCACUUUAAAUGUGAAUAGAGAAAACAAGCUGUCCUGGCCUAUUUUUGAAGAAUGCAUUAGCACCCAGCCCUGCAACCCGCGUCCGCCUCCACGUAGCCUUUACCAUAGACUUCUAUAGAGAACACAGAUUAAAUUGUUAAAUUAUUUCCAUGUGGUUAAUUCCCACUAGAGGAGUGCUUUUAUCACAGGGGAGCCUACUUCAGAGAGGAAGUGGGAUCCUUUGCGAGGCUUCUCUUCGGGGUGUAUAUGAGUGUGUACAUAGUACUAUGUGUUUAUAAUACGAUAUUUUCCCGAAUGA